AUGCCCUCCGAUCUUUUCUCUCCAAGAAAAAAACAGCAGCAGAACAAGCCAGAAGUACCGCCCGGUCUCUUCACGCCCUCCAUCUCGCCGCUCGCAACUUUACGCCUCACAUGUCCUACAGCGAACCUUUCUGUCCGCCACUCCUCAUCAGAUACCCGUGUUCCCUGGCUGCGACGUCUGUUCGAAUUCAAAGCGGGAAAGAAGGAUAAAUAUCCCGCGCGUGGCAGCCGGCAUCAACUGUCUCCGCCCCGGCCCAGUUUUCUCGACGAUGGUACCGAAAGUUCGAUUUCAAGCGCCGGACGCGGCCUGGCGCUCAAAGCUCCAAACGAGCUGAAAUUAAGAUGCACUGAAUUUGACGAAAAUGGAAACGUUACUCUCGUGAACGGAGAGUUUCGAAAAGCUGAAUUAAUCGCAAAGUACGGUUUAUUGCCUCGUGAUCUCCGCAAGAUCGAUUCCUCCUUACUCCCAAAUAUUCUCGUCCGACCAUCAGCUAUUCUCAUCAACCUUUUACAUCUUCGGGUGCUCAUCAAACACAACCGGGUCCUUGUAUUUGACGCGUACGGGUCUACAGACUCCUAUACCCAAUCUGUAUUCAUGUACGAUCUGGAAGGCAAACUACGACAACGCGGCGAAGGAUUGGGCGGGCUACCAUACGAAUUCCGCGCUCUCGAAGCGGUACUCAUCAGCGUGACUACCGCAUUAGAAGGCGAAUUCGAAGGCGUCCGCGAACCUGUCGUGCGUGUCCUGCGCGAGCUAGAAGAAGACAUUGACCGCGACAAGCUACGGCAUUUGCUCAUUUACUCCAAGAAACUUGGCACAUUCGAGCAGAAAGCACGGCUCGUUCGAGAAGCUAUUGACGACUUACUCGAAGCCGACGACGACCUUGCAUCCAUGUAUCUCACUGAAAAGGCCAGCGGCAAGACCCGCGGCGAGGAAGACCAUACCGAAGUCGAGAUGCUACUCGAAUCAUACCAUAAAGUUUCUGAAGAAAUCGUCCAAGCCUCGGGCAAUCUGGUCUCGAAUAUCAGGAACACUGAAGAAAUAGUCAAAGCCAUUCUCGACGCCAACCGCAACUCCCUUAUGCUCCUCGAUCUCAAAUUCUCCAUUGGCACACUCGGCAUCGGCGCCGGUGCCUUCGUCGCCUCGCUCUACGGCAUGAACUUGGAGAAUUUUAUCGAAGAAACAGACUACGGCUUCGUCACCGUCAGCACCUUCGCCACCGUCGCCGCCAUCGCCGUCUGCUAUACCUGCCUCACCAGACUCCGCAAAGUCCAGCGCGUCAGCAUGUGGGGCGAGCAGGGCAAACGCAGCCGCGGUUCCUGGCGAGAUAUUGAUCCCUUGCCGCCCCUCACCGACCACGGCCACGCCGCGCUCAGUCGCUUCGAGAGACUGGAAAGUAUGCGCAGAGCGCAGCAGCAGAAAGUCGCAGAGGCUGUUAGUACUGGCGGUGGUGGGGGUGGCGGCACGGGCGCCACUGGAAAUACAAGUGACAGUAUGCGUGGCGGUCCGGCCAGAGACGUUUUUGAUUCGCUGAAUCCUCUUGGAAAGAAGUGA